AUGGCCGAAAUAUUUCCACUAGCGCCAAGCACUAUGAUCAUCUUUCCUUGGUGGAGGCAACCAGGCCAACUUCCAGGCCUCCAGCGAUUCCUUCAGAAAGACGGCGCGGUCCUACGGUACCAGGAGUUCUGCGCCGUCACCAGGUGCGGCUCCAACCCUGGGGGUCUGCAGGCGUCCCUGGCCGCUGGGCGGCGGGGCCUCGAGGAGAGGGCCGCCGCGAGCCUGCUGGCCGCGGAGUUCCCCCUGCUCCUGAGGCUCACGCCCUCCGCCAAGAUGGGCUUGGCGUUCCGGCAACUCGAGAGCGAGCGGCUCACGUUCUGCGACGGCAGCCGCCUGGACGUCCCGCGCGGCUGCUUCGGCGAGGCGCUGCGCGAGAGGCGCCUCCUCGUGGCGUGGGCGCCCCCCGCGGCGCGAUGCCGCCGCGGGGCCGCGGCGGCCGCGGAGGACCUCCCGCCCUUCCUGCGCGAGCCUUGCCGCCACCGCUGGUACGGGCUGCCGCCCACCGCCGCCUUUGCGGGGCCUCGCCGCGCCGAGGAGGCGGAGUGCUGCCGCCGCGGCCUCGCGGCGCACCUGGCGUCGCUCGUGCCCAGGGCCGGCCGCGCGAGGACAAGGCGGCCGCGCGAGGCGGCGGGCCGGCGGGCCCUCCCGCGCCGCGGGCGCUGCGGGCGCCGCCCUUCAGGAUCUCGGGGCCGCCGCAGCCUCGGCAUCCGGAGCCGGCGCCGCCGCCGCGGCCAGGCAGGCGCCGAGCAGCCGCCCGCGCCCGUGCCCCAGAGGCCGCUGCGAGCAGCCGCCCGCCCAGAAGCCGCCUCCUCCGGCGAGGAGUCCGACGGCCUGUGGGCGUAG